CUCUGGCCUACUCCUCUCCGCCUGCCCCCCGCAUUUCUUUUCCUUAAUAAGUUCAUUCACUCCUUCGCUCACCACAUUCACUCGCUGGAUCUAAAACAGAAAGAUGUUCCGUCCAAUUCUCUUCUUCGCAUUCGUGGUGGUGGGCCUGGCCGCCACUCUGGCCACCGAGGACCAUGUUGUCACGGGGAAAUUGCAGCGUUCGUCACGCCAAAGUAAGGCAUCGUCGGAGGUGACCAGGCUGUUGGAUCAUUCUAGUGGGUCAAAAAUUCGUAUGGUGGAGGAACCCUCACUGAGAAGAAGACCGUCGCAACAUGAUCUCGAACAUGAAAAGCAAGUGGAGGACGAUUUGUACACGAUCCGCAUCAUCAUCAUCAUCAUCAUAGUGUUCGUCAUUAUCCUCGUGAUCCUGGUGAUGAUCAUCGUGGCUUUCAUGUUCCAGAUCAGCAGAGCCGCUGAUAAGAUCGCCGCUAAUGGCUCUACUUAAGGAGAUAGAUAGAUACAUAAAAUGACGGUUGAUAGAAUAUUUGAUUGAUACAUAGCCUGAUUGAAUAUUUAAUUGAUGCAUUACUUGACUAAAUAUUUGAUUGAUACAUUACUUAGUUGAAUUUUAAUUGAUACAUAGCUUGACUGAAUAUUUGAUUGAUACAUAGCCUGAUUGAAUGUUAAUUGAUACAUAGCUUGACUGAAUAUUUGACUGAUACUUAGCUUGAUUGAAUAUUUAAUUGAUGCAUAGAUAUACAGACAAAUUUAGUAAUGAAUUGCUAAAUGUAUAGAUUGACACUUAGCUAUAAAUUCAUUGGUUUAAAUUGAUUGGCUGUUUGGAUGAUUGAUUAGCUUAGAGAGAGAGAGAGAGAGAGAGAGAGAGAGAGAGAGACUACUGUAUCACUACAUUUAUCAUAGCACUCUACAUCUCUACCUGUAUUCAACAAAAGAUUCCUGGUUAGUGUGUUAUUGUUCGGCUUCUUGAUCAAUAAAUUAUG